GUCAGAUGACAGACUCCGCCCAAGUGUUUUGGUUCCGCAGAGAGAUAACACUGCCAGAAUAUGCAGGUUUUUCAUGUUUAUUUCAAAACGUAGGAAACAAUGAUUCUGAUAGCUCGUUUACUCUAACAGGGUGAGACAGAACAGAGCUUAGAGCGGAAGUUAUCUUGGCUCCAGCUUGUCUUUGACAGACUGAUAUAACUAAAGGUCUGGAAGCGGAUCGGAAUGAUCCAACCCUCCUCAUUGGUCAUCGAAGAUGGAUCCCCCAGAGGUCGAGCUACGGUGGCUGGCCAUGCUGAUCCGGAUGCCCCCUCUACUCCCGUUGAAGUGGACGCUGCCGUUGUGCUGCUUGGGGCGAGUGUUACUGCCAUCACACAUCCUCUCUUAUACGUCAAACUGCUAAUUCAGUUGGGGCAUGAACCUCUUCCUCCAGCUGUGGGGACAACAAUGUUUGGGAGAAGAGUUUUAUAUCUGCCUGGUUUCUUUAGCUAUGCAAAGUACAUUGUGAAAGUCGAUGGAAAGCUGGGACUCUUCCGUGGCCUCACACCUCGUAUUGUAUCCAGCACCAUUUCCACUGUGUUCAGGGGAAAAAUUAAACAGAUGGAGUUUCUGUCUGAAAAAGACGAGCCGCAGAAUUCCCUCAGGAAAGUGGUCAGAGGGACAUCACAUGAGAUGAUCUUUCAGUGCUUUUCAAGAUUAGCUACGCAUCCCUUUCAUGUUAUAUCAGUUCGGUGUAUGGCCCAGUUUGUUGGGAGAGAGGCCAAGUACAGUGGUGUUUUUGGAUGCAUUGUGAAGAUAUUUAAGGAGGAAGGAUUGACUGGAUUUUAUAUUGGUUUUGUUCCACAUUUGCUGGGAGAGGUCCUGUUCCUGUGGUGCUGUAACCUACUGGCUCACUUUAUCAACACCUAUGCUGUUGAUGACAGUUUUAGUCAGGCAUCAGCAAUAAGAGGCUACACAAAGUUUGUGAUGGGCAUUACAGUGAGUGUUCUCACUUAUCCAUUUACGCUGGUUGCUGAUAUAAUGGCUAUCAACAAUUGUGGUCUAGCUGCAGGCCUUCCUCCUCAGUCUCCCAUCUUCAAAUCCUGGCUGCACUGUUGGAAUUAUCUGAGUACCAAGGGUCAGCUCCACAGAGGUUCAAGCUUCUUUUUCCGCCGUGCGCCCAUAAAUUUACUGCCUUCCAUUGAAGACUGAUUAUGUUUAUGACCUGCCAGGCUGUUUUCAGUUGUUGUCCAGAAAGAGCAGGAGCUCAUCGCUAAAACUGCAUUCCAUCAUACAGAUAAAAGGUUUUCUGAUUAAGAUUUAGCUUUUUACAGAAUUAACUAUCAUUUCAGCUGUUUGGACUUCAAGAAAUGUGGGUGAGAACUCUGUUAAAAGUAUGAUGAAACCAACACCACAGCCCUAUUAAUAUGCCUUCAUCUUCAGUGCUGGUCAGCUACCUUGGUGCAAAUUGACCUUGAUGAUGAUCAGCAUUUGUUUUUUUUUAGCUUCCUGUCUGAACCUUUUGUGACUUCUGCAGCUCUUAAUUUAUGCAAAAUAAACAUCGGUACAUAAAGCAGCUUAAGCAUCAUCUUAAGAACUGGGUUGAUUUCUUUUUGUUACUGAGUUAAAGUAGCAAAGUUCAGUUAUUAAGGAUAACUAAAACUAUAAUGUAGUAUUUUCUCAAGGCUUGGCCCUAUUGUUUAGUAUCCAUCUAUCCUUUCCUCCAGUGGGUCAGAGAGGAAAACAACAAGAAAAGGGACGAGAGGGACAAAACUUAGAACAAAUAAUGGAUGUCUAUUCUAUUAAAAUUUCUGCAUAUGUAUAAUGGGUGUUUUAUGUGUCGUCUUCUCAAUUUAGAGGGACCCCUGUCUGUUAUUGCCUAGGUCCUCAAAUUUCCUGAAUCUGCCCCUGCAGGAAAGUGUUCUUGAGGCUUCCUGGUCAGAUUCCAGGACUUUCUCAACCACCUAUUCUGGAAGUGAAAGCGCAGCAUUUCUACCACAAGCUCCUCCGUGAAAUUCAAGCUCCUUGCCUUACCUCAUAAGCCUGAGUCCAGCCACCCUAGGAAAGAAAAGGCUAAGUUACUGGUAUCCUAGAUCUAAUUUUUGUUAUUCUGGAUCAAAUUUUCAUUCAGUUUGAAUAUAGACUGGUAAAUUGAAAACUUUGCUGUAAUCUGAGCUGUUUACCCAGAGCUAAUGUGUAUUGCUUGUUCCCAAUUUGGGCUC